AUGACCUUGAUCAACCUCACACGCUUAUCUGAACCCACGGAGAAUGUUCGGCAUGAGUCUAGCCAGAUUAAAUGUCAAUGGGAUGGCCAGAACUUUGGAAUUGGAACCCUCUACAUCUCCGAACAGUAAGAUUCUACGUUUGGGAUUUAUUCGUCAUUUAGAGUCCUUGUUUGGAUAAAAGACGGCACCGAGACUGGAUUCACUUUGACCUAUCCAUCAAUUGGUGUUUAUGGACAGACAGCGGCAUCAGAUACAGAGCCAGAUCCGGCUCUUUUUAUGGUUGUUGAUCUCAAUAAAACAGGUAGGAAUGAAAUAUUAUUUUUGAGUCUUUCAGACGUUCAAAUCACUCGGCCAGCAAACGGACACAGCGAAGAUGAAGAGGAGGAGGAUGAUAAUCCCACAGCCACUGUCAGAUUUGUUCCGGAAGACGUCACCAGUUGUAAGUUCUGUCAAGGAUUGCUUGCUUUUCUCUUGUCUGCUUGUAAGAAGUAAUAAUCUUCUUUUUAGUGCCGUUUCUGAUGAACCUGAUCCAGGAAUGCCAAAUGUUGAAUCCCGAUCCAGAUGAUGACCAAGCCGAUGAUUAUGGAGAAUCAAUCCUGAUGCAAGGCGAUGUGGAUGAGCUUCAAGCUUCUGGUGAUUGGUACUCUCAAGAGACCAUGGACGAUGAGGUGCAGCUGAGUGAUGAGGGAAGGGCGAAUCUCGAGAGAAUCGUCGGAAACUUGAAUAUUGGUAAUGAUAUAGUAUAAUAUAGUUAACAUUUUCUUUUUCUUGAUGUUUCGGGAAUGCAAGUGUUGAGAGCGUAUGAUCUUUUUCAGGAAGAGUUGUUUUUGACGAUUGAUUAAUUUAUGCAAAUUUCAGAACAAAACGGCUCGGAUGACAAACCGGGCGAUCAUUACAUGGAAGAAUAA